AUGAAUAGUGAAAACCCGGCUGAUUGUGAGCCGGAGAUGGAAUGCGAGGUAAAGUCCGAGAUGUGUCAAAUAAUAUCCAGUUCUGAUUUUAUGGAAUCGACGGACAAGCUGAAAUCCACGUCCGAAACUCGUUUCAAGCACAAUGCGGGCUCGUGGAAAUUCGAGAGUGUUGGCGGCUUCUUUCUGGCCACGGAGGAUGUGAGCAAGUUGUCCCUGAGGAAGCAGGAGCAGGUGCUCAUCCGUGAUCUGAUUUAUGCCUUUUCGGGUGUACCCUCAUCGCACAUUCAACCAGAAAUAUCGCUCGAUGAGAUUCCCUAUCUGACCACCGAGCAUAUUGAUAAGGUGCACUUCAAGAUCGAUGAACGUUUCACUGGAGCCUUUCGCACGCUGGCCAACGAGCUGCUACCGCUGAUUGGCUACUACAUCAGUGUGCAGAGCUUCAUCGAGGAGACCAGCUUGACGCGGAACUGCAGCCGUUUCCUGGGCAAUGCCUUGCAGAAGGACAUGCAACAGUACUUUGAGUUCCAGGCAACGCUCGAGACGCAACUGAACGAGCAGAAACUGAAUCUCCGCCAGCUGGUGCAGCAAGUGCGUCCCUGGCUGCCCACCAUGCAAUCCUUUGCGAGUCUCACGAGUCGCGUCCGUCGCCUGGAACCCAAUUCGGCCCAAUUGCUCUCGCUGAUCGAUGAGCAGCAGCAGCAUUUCAAAUCGGAGCGCCUGAGGCAACUGAUCACGGAUAUCUCUCGCUACUACAUGACCAUGGUGCAGCUGUGGACACAGAAGGGCAUCAUUUACGAUGUGCGUGGCGAGUUCUUCAUUGAGGACACCAGUGCGAAUGCGAUGAGCAGCACUCUGCUCUCGCCCAAACAAUGUUGCCACGCCUACUGGGCGCAACGAUAUCGCCUGCACGUGGACAGGUUGCCCACUUUUCUGGAACCGCUCGCUGAGCGCAUUCUGCUGGCGGGCAAAUAUCUGAAUGUGUUGCGACAGUGCAAUGUGCACAUGAAUCUGAUGCAGGAGACGCUCAUCUAUGUGCCCAAGGAGAUGGAGGAGGCACCUCACGAGCAGCUCAUACGCAGCUCGUAUCAGUUGCCGGCGCGCAAGCUCCUGGAAGUCCUUGUGCAGGAGCAGUUGGCGGAGCACUUACAGAAUCUGCAAGAUUACUUUCUAUUGCAGGAGCGGAAUUUUAUCGAUGCUUUGCUGGCGAAAUGUGCCCAGCAGUUGGAGCAAAAUGUGGACAACUUGCAGCCGGAGAAGCUGCAGAGAAUCACACAAGAUGCGCUCCAGUUGAGCAGCAAUCCGCACAAGCAUUUGCUGCGCUGCCAACUAAUGGAUUGCGAUGUGGCCACCCAGCUGGGCAAUAGACUAAAGCAAAAAUUGAUUACCAGAGAGGCAUCCAGUGAAAUGGACACACCUAGCAGUCAGCUGUCGGAGCAGCUCACCCUUUGUGGCUAUGAGGCAUUCACGUUGCGCUACGAGCCCAAGUGGCCCAUUAGUCUGGUCAUUCACGAGGCACCCCUGGAGCAGUUGCAGCUGCUGCAUCGCGUCCUCUUCUAUCUGCGCUAUGUGCAGCACCAGUUCCAAUCUGCUUGCCACGCUGGCGUCAUUCCCAAUUUACGUGCCUCCGAGCUGCGUCGACGCAUGAUUGAGUGUAUUGAGCAGCUGGAACAGCAUAUGAUCAUGGAUGUGGUGCAGCCACGCUGGCAGAAGCUGCUGCUGGUUGUGCAGCAGGCGCAGCUGGUGGAUGAGGUGCUGCAACACUUCCAAAGCACAUUGGAUCAGUGCCUGUUGCUGUGUCUGCUCUGUGAGCCUGUCAUCUUUGUGCGCUCCUUGUUCAUCUUGGGCCAACAGUGCCUCAACUACAGCAGUUUCAUGGAGCAGCAGGCAACUAGUGCCGACUUCGAUGCGGGUGUCCUCGAAUACGAGGAGCAGUUCAAUAGUCAGCUAAGUGAUAUCCUCGAUCUCAUCACUGAUCUUGCCCGACCGGGCAGCAAUUGCGGCAAUGAGGAGCGUGCAUCCUGCAAACAGUUGGUGCAGCGCCUCGAAAGCAUCGGCAAAGAUUUGCGCUAG